UUUCUAUCACCUCUCAAGCUUCAACAUUUCCAGCAUUUGGGUUGCAAAUUGCAAUAUUCCACCUUCCCCAUUUCAGUUGCUCUGUGAUCCUAUCCAAUGGCCAGUUUUGUUUUAGGGUCUAAUAAAACAGUCCAUGCCUUGGGCUGGUUCUGUCUCCUAUUGAUGGUGCAUAAGAGUGCUGCCUAUGAGUUCGUUGUUGGUGGCCAAAAGGGUUGGAGUGUUCCAAGUGAUCCCAAUUUCAAUCCUUUCAAUCAAUGGGCAGAGAAAAGCCGUUUUCAAGUAGGAGACUCCCUAGUGUUCAACUACCAAUCUGGCCAAGACUCAGUGCUUUAUGUGAAGAGUGAAGACUAUGCCAGUUGCAACACAGGUUCAGCUUAUGCAAAAUAUUCUGAUGGCCACACAGUGUUCAAACUCAACAAAUCAGGGCCUUAUUUCUUCAUCAGUGGAAACAAAGACAAGUGUAACAAAAACGAGAAGCUAGCAGUGAUUGUGCUGGCUGACAGGAGCAACAGUAACCAAACAACCACCGCUUCUCCACCGUCACCACAGUCGUCAUCAUCAUCACCUCCUUCACCAGCACCUUCAAAGCAAGAAGGCCAAUCUCCACCACCAGCAGAUACAAACACAACACCAUCACCAGCCAGUGACCAUGAUCAUCCUUCUCCUCCUAAUGGUGCUGCUUCACUCUUUGUCAGCUUGGGAGGCUCUGCUGCAACAUUCAUUGCCUCAGUUCUAAUGUUAUCCCUCUAAGUAUUGAGUGGUUGAGUAUUAAUUUUAUGAUUUUUUUCCAACAAUUUUAUUUAUUUUCUCCUUUUGCUGCUCUUUGUUUCCUAUACUUUGAGUUCAGUGUCAUUGAACUGGGUCUUUGGUUCAAAGUUGGGAUGCUGUUUGCUAUUUGUUUGUGACGAUUGAAAAAUAAGCCGUCAAUAAUGUACCGUUUUGUGUGCUUCUUACUUGAUGAUGUAAAAAUGUUGUACAUGUUGAAAUCAAAUAAACCUAUUUUUUAAUGUGA